GGUGGCUCAGGCGGUUCGCAACACGCGAUUAACGUACAUCAGUGUGUUGGUAGAUUCGACGCGAACGCCACGCGUCGGAGUCCUAUCUCAGUACCUUACCGGUGCAGUGCGCGAACUUAACAACGACAAAACACGUCGGGUUAAAGACAAUACUGUUUGUGCCUUAGGAAGUUUACUGUGACAUUGCAUUGUUGACGAAAACACGAAGUUAUUUUUCUAAGGAACUAAAACAGUAGUCCGAAGAGCUCAAGUGACACAAUGGGGUAAGCCGUGCGAAGCGGCGGGUUGUUGGACUGAUUAUUUGGGACACAAGUGUUAGUAUAUAUAGAUAACACGAGAUUCUUUAGGGGUGUUAGAAACAAGUGUUAGAAACAAAUUGCCAAGAUGUAUUCUAUGAACUAUAUUGGGAAGUUCAUAGCGAACUUUAGGGAGUUUUACAACGAGAUUAACGGGGCGACGCUGACCGGUGCCAUAGACGUGGUGGUGGUUGAGCAGCCUGAUGGCAGCUUCACGUGCUCGCCCUUCCACGUGCGCUUCGGCAAGCUGGGGGUGCUGCGCUCUAGGUUCAAAGUGGUGGACUUGGAACUGAAUGGCGAAUCGCUGCCCAUACAUAUGAAAUUGGGCGAGUCCGGGGAAGCGUUCUUUGUCGAGGAGGUAGGCGAGGACGAGGCUGGCUGGUCCGCGCACCUCGCCACCUCGCCCAUCCCGGCCGCGCGCUUCGAGCAGCUGUACGAGCCCCGGCGCCGCAACUCGCUGUCUGCCGUCGAGCCCGACCAUGGACAGGCCUCCGAUUACACCAAGCGCAGGUACACCGCCGACGGCCAGUCGAUACAGAAACCAGACGUGAAUAAACUUAAGCAGGCGAAAAAAGAUGCCAAACCAACUAGCGAUCACGAUAACGAUGCGUUGUUCGAGAUGGAUGGAUUGGACGGCCUCGACGAGACGCCGACGAACUGGGCCGAUUCGCGGACACCUAAAACGUUUUCGGCGACACAGCUGGAGGCCGGGAGCGAGGCCAAGCAGACUGUGCAAAUGAUCAGCGCGCACAACGACUUCCGCCCCAUCGAGGCCGCCGCUAUCCUCGAUGAUGCUAAAGUCAACGGCAACGGAAAGAAGAAGAAGAAAACUAGGAAAGUUAGCUCAAAAAAGAAGCACCAACGGAAAUCGUCGACGAGCUCCAUCUCCAGCCAGUCGGACCGUGCCGGCUCCGAGCAGCGCCCCUCCCAGCCUACAGCCAUUCCUAAUGCUACUGAUAUCAACUUCUUCAGCGACGGCGAAAUGAAUGCCGCGACACUUAGCGAAGAGAUGUCGAACCUGAAGCUCACCGGCGACAACCGCAUCCCGAUGGCGCUCUCCGACACCGCGUUCGAGGUGCUCGCCGCCUCCAGAAACGCGGGAUCCCGCGGUGGCACGCCCGUACAAUCGGAUACGGAAGUCGAGCUGUCACGGACCGCGAAGGGCGACAAAUCAUCCCAGUCAUGGCGUUGGGGCGAGCUGCCCGAGCCUCCCGUCCGCACCGAGUGCGCCAGUUCACCCACAGAGCUGGGGUCCUCUGGGACCCCCGGGUCUCCGGCCUCGCCUGGGACGCCGGGUACUCCGGGCUCGCCGGCCGAACCCCUUAGCUCGGACGAAGAACGCGCGGGCCGGUCGGGGGUGUUUAGCGGCAUGUUCCGCUUCAUGUCGACGCGCGAGGCCACCGAGGCCGCAGAGGGCGUGUACCUGGACGACCUGGACCGGGGGCAGGUCGACCCGGACCUUUACUUCCCUAAGCACCACGUCGGACGGCAUCGGAGCGGUCUGCCGAACAUAUCUCACGAGAACACGGGGCCUACGGAAGAGGAGUACGAGUCCGGCAACGGACCCUCCCUACCGCAGUCUCCGGCCUCGCUCGAGCCGCCGCAGCUCGACUCGGACGAUGAUGAGAAACUACUCGCCAAAGGUCAAGUCGGCGUAUACGUGCGCGAGGAGCAAGUCUCCCGCGCGCUGCCCUACGAGGAGUUCUGCGCCGAGGGCGGCACGCUGGCGGCGCAGGGGCGGCUAGUGGUGCGGCUCGGCGACCGCUGGCUGCCGUGGCGCAGCGCCGGCCCGCUGCUGCUCUCGCUGCUGGCCUACAGGAGACCUCUGCCUAGCCGCGUGCUGGAGUCGUUAGAAAAGAGCAUAGAGAAGGAGGGAUCAGAGCCGCCGGCCGCGGACGCCAAGCCACGCGGCUACUCGUGGUGGAGCUGGCGCCGCUCCAACGCUGGACCUGAAGCCAAACGCACGGAACCAACUAAGAAUGAAUUCAAGAGUUCCAGUUACCCAGAAACAGAGUACCUUAGCAUGGAUUUGAAAAUGGAAACUGCCGAAGGAAUGGUCGCAGAGGAGGUUCUGGCCUACGAAGAGUUAGAAACAGGGGACGUCGGAGAGGUCAAUGAACCUGUCGACCUCAUAGACCCUACUCAAGACCAAGAUCCAAGGGACGAGGGGCCAACCAUGCUACCGGAAAGCAAACCUAUUGAUCAAGCGGAGCACCCGGAGCACGCGGAGCCCAGCUCGUCGGACUCGGAGCACGAGCAGGCGCAGCGGCCGUCGCGCAGGCACUCUACCUUCAGGAAAACGCUGCGGCUCUCUUCCGAUCAAAUCAAAAAGUUGAACCUUCGCGAGGGUAUGAACGAGAUGGUGUUCAGCGUGACCACGGCCUACCAGGGCACCACGCGCUGCAAGUGCAACGUGUUCCGUUGGCGUUACGAUGACAAGAUCGUUAUCUCCGAUAUCGACGGUACCAUCACCAAGUCCGACGUGCUGGGACACAUCUUCCCACUCGUGGGCAAGGACUGGGCUCAGUCGGGCGUGGCGCAGCUAUUCACCAAGAUCAAGAACAAUGGCUACCAGCUGCUGUAUCUGUCCGCGAGAGCCAUCGGACAAGCUAGGGUGACGCGCGAGUACCUGCGCUCGAUCCGCCAAGGCGAGACGUGUUUGCCGGACGGGCCGCUUCUGCUGAACCCCACGUCGCUGCUGCGCGCCUUUCACCGCGAGGUGAUCGAGAAGAAACCUGAGGAGUUCAAGAUCCAGUGCCUCGCCGACAUCAAGGCGCUCUUCCCGCAGGGAUCCAACCCCUUCUACGCCGGCUAUGGCAACAGGGUCAACGACGUAUGCGCGUACCAGGCCGUCGGCAUUCCCAUCGUGAGAAUAUUCACCAUCAACUACAAAGGAGAGCUCAAACACGAGCUGACGCAGACAUUCCAAUCGACGUACUCCCACAUGUCGGUGCUCGUGGACCAGGUGUUCCCGCCGGCGCUGUGCGAGCCGAGCGACGAGUUCUCGCAGACCGUGUUCUGGCGCGAGCCGCUCCCCGCGCUCGACGUGCCGCUGCCCAAGCCCGGCCCGGCGCCGCCCAAACCCGCGCUCAAAACUAACUAGUCGCGU